CUAACAGAAUAACAUUGCAUUCAGUUCCACGUGAACAUAUUUUGAGCAAUGUGAUUCAUGAACUUAUCAGAUAAACCGAGCGUGAAAUGAAUUAUAGUGGCGUUCGUAUACUAUAAGCAAUAAAGUUGAAUGAAAGUGACAGUGAGACAAAACUAGAAAUCGUUGCCGUCGCACUUUAAACCAAUAACGUAAAUUAAGGUGCUGCAGACGCGGCGCUCAACAUGUGAGGUUAAAGCAGACAGACAAACAGACGGCGGCAACAAGCUAUACAAAACAACAAUUUAUACAGUUGACAUAGGAUUAAGAUUUAAUAUCAACAGUGAAUAGGAGCCGUGCGCAAGCUGAAAUAUCCCCAAAGCAAUCCCCUUGACGCGUGAUGGACUCCCGAUUGCUAAAUGUUUUUCACGAGGAUCCCUUCGAUGGAAACUUUGCAAAAUUUGAGACAGAGCCGAGCUUCUGGUCUCCCAACGAUGACCUGCAGUUGACGGACACACUGAACGGGAUUUUGCCCAUUGCGCCCACAGACGCCCACUCCCUGCUCGGCCACGACGACGACAACGUCGGCGAGGUGGAGUUGCAGAGCAGCAAGAACCUGCUGAUCUACAGCGAUUUUGUGGAGCAGCAGCUGAGCGACCAGGAGGCUAACGUACUCAAUGCCCACGUCUAUCAGGCCCUCACCGACGGCGAGGUGGAGGUGGCCUACCAGCAGCACGAGCGUCAUUUGAGCGCCGUUGUCCAAUAUGAUGAUCCAGACGGUGUAGGUCUUGGAGGAGGUCUCAUAGAGGAGGAUGUGCAGAGUCAAUGCAGCAACUCUACUUUCCGUACGCGCACAGACAGCUCCUCAAUUGGCGACUAUGAGUCGCACUCAAGCGACUACGACGACGAUGACGAGGAGGAAGAGAACAAAGAGCAGGUGGCACAGAAUUCAAGCCUGCUCAGAGACGAUGUCGAUGCACUGGAUGACUACUACAGUGAUCGAAAGAGUCGAACGCUGAGCACUAACACCAUAGUCUCGGAGGUCGAUGCCUUGGGGCUGAACAUUGAUGUGAAUAACUUUGAUCUAGCUGAUUUUAUCACCAAAGAUGACUUUGCAGAGAACAUAAGCGCGUGUCGCGUGACAAAGUCCCAGCAGAGAGUCCAAGAAACAGCUCUACAUACUCACUCCAAGGUGGCAUCAGUCGUUCCACCACCAUCUACUCCAUUAGCUGGUGCUGUGGCUGUGGCUGGUGCUGUGGCUCCUGUUGUGCGCAAACCUACAGUUGCAUCCGCGAAGCAGCGCGACUCGGAGGACGAUGACUCAGACUCAAUCAUCGAUGUGGAGACUGUCGAUGUGGUUGACGUGGAUGAGACCAUCUGGGCCACAGGGCAGCUGGAGAAAGGGGAGGCAGCUCCUGCCGAGGAUUUGUGCUAUGUGGACAAUGUGAAGGCCGACCCCUCCUGGUCCCCGAAAGGGUCCGCAAAGAAGCCAGUGGUCAUCACUAAAGAGCAACAGCCCAAGCUGGCGCCGAUGGAGAACCCAGAAAACCAGGCUCGAGGAGCCACCGCCGUGACCAAGCCCAAGACCACAAACAACAUUUGCCUAGUGCCCAACAAGAAGCAGAGCGAGUUCCUAAAACGAAAAGUGGGAGCUGCUGCGUCCAAGUCGAAUAAACCAGCCGCAAAGAAAAGUCAGGAGGGUAUGAAAUCUGCAGUCGGCAGCAAACAACAGCCAGCCGCCAGCACUGGGUUGGGCCUGGGAGGGAAGAAUCUUGCGCUUCUCAAGCAUGAACGGGAUGCGGCAGCAGCAAGCGUGCCGGCCGCACCAGCAACAGGUAAUUUGACAUCGACACAGGCGCCCAAGCGAAAACUCAAUCUGGAGGAGUACAAGCAGCGUCGCUGUGGCGGCGUCAUCACUGUCGUCUCUAAAACCAGCACGAAGGCCAAGCCCACGCCUCCCAAACAGCCCAAGUUGGACCAACAAAGCUCCUCCCCAUCUCCAGCAGUGGCCGCGGUGGGUGCACUGAAACCAAUGCCAGUCUCAUCGACUUCAAACCACCAGCAGAAGACAGCGGCCAUAGCCAACAUUGUCAACAGUCUCAAGUGUCCGCCCAUUAAAGGGGGGGCAACGGAAGCCCUGCCCAUGGAUCCGAUUACUGUGGCCAAGAACAAGGUGCUGCGUAUGCUGGAGAUGAAGCGGGCCCAGCAGCUGAAGAUUAUCGAUUCGCGUGUCUCGGCAAAGGUGCCGCGCGUGACGAAGCUGCCGCCGCUCAAAGACAUUGUCAAGGACACGUACCGCGUGGAAUUGGAGGAGGAGAACAGCGAGGCGACAGCAACAGCGACGACGCCCAGCAAGAACAAACUUCGUCCCGAUCUGGACGCAUUGAUUAUUGUGUCGGCCAGCUGCAACACGGACAUAACGAUACCGCCAAACCAGCUGAGCAAGGCCUCGCCCCGCUCGCUGCUUAAGUCCUCGGUACUCCUGUACAACAUCUCCAACGGCAAGGAUGCGAACAAGAACAUGAGCAACUCCCUCAUAGCCAGCAUACAGAGCGAGGUGGUCAGACAGACCAGUAGCACGGCGAUGGCCACGUUGCUGCCGAAGAACAUGGCUGAUGGCAAUGAUGGCAACCGAGUAAAACCCUCGGGUGGGACUGAGAAAAAUGCGCCGCAUGGCGAAGAUAUGGUGAUCAUGCACCUACCCAAGAAUCGCGAGCGCAAGACUCUUGUCAGCAUGGCUACCCAGACCGAUCUGCAACCCGAAUUUCCUCUCCUGGUGCUGCCCGCCAGCACGCGGCAGUCGCGCGAGCGAUCACGUCGCACCUACCGCAAACGGCGAGCCACAGGCUCGGAUGAAUCUAGUUCCUCGAGUGGAUCCUCUUCAGAUUGCAGCAGCCUGGUUUCGUACAGAUCCAGGUCUCGGUCACGUUCCCGCUCCCACUCAACGGAGCGGUUGCGAAGCUUGGAUGCCACGGCCACGUGCGGGGGCAGCAGUAUUGGCAACGGCGGCUAUUCCUCGCGCAGCACACACCGCCACCGCAGCUCGGUUAGUUCCUCAUCGUACUCGGAGGCGGGCAAAUAUGAGCGCCGACAGCGUCGUACCAGCUACAAUAAGCGACGCUCGAAAAACCAGCAGUCAAACUGGGCCGGCUAUUCCAGUUCGGGAUCCGAAAUCAGCGAUCGGGAGCGCAGUCGUAGUCGCAGUCCACAGCGUCCCCUGCGGCGAUCUCGUUCGAGAUCACAAUCUGAGGCGCGCUUCGAAAACAGCAACAGCAAUAACAAUAGACGGGGAUUUGUGGAUCGGAACGUAUCGCAGCCGGCGGUGGAGGAGCGCCGCAUUGUAUAUGUGGGUCGCAUUGAGCAAGAGACCACCAAAGAGCUGCUGCGCCGCAAGUUUUUGGCGUAUGGCAGCAUUAAGCAGAUAACAAUCCACUACAAGGAGAACGGCAUGAAGUAUGGCUUUGUGACGUACGAACGAGCGCAGGACGCAUUCACGGCCAUCGACACGAGCCCAAGGGAUCCACAGAUCAACAUGUAUGAUAUUAGCUUUGGCGGAAGACGCGCCUUCUGUCGUGCCUCGUAUGCCGAUUUAGAUAAUGCUGGCAUCAACAACUACCACUCAUAUGUGUUUCCCAAGGAAGCACCAGCCCCAAAGCCGCAGGAGGACUCUUUUGAGGCUUUGUUGCUGAAAGUAAAAGCAAAGCUGAAUGCUGGCAAGCCAGAAACAACAGCACCAACACCACCACCAGCAACUGCAGUGGCAGCACCAGCUACUCCGGAGCAAGAUCACAAUCAGAUUUGACAUCUUUGCUCCCCCACAGACAGUUUUUCGUAUUUUUACUUUACUUUUUACGUUUGUUUAUCCUAGAAGGUGAAAUUUGUCGCAAGUAUCCCUUCCUAUCCCUAACUAUAUAUAUGCCAUAAGCCAUGGCAUGUCUGUGGACCCCAAUCCCCAAAGUUUCCAGCUCUGACUGAAAGCCUGAUUAUAAUUUCUAAUCAUUUCGAUAUAUCAUACAUUAGUUGACAGCAAAGCUAUGGCGUUGCAAGCAACGAGACUAUUACACCAUAUACUUGGAGAAUUCUGAGAAGACCGAGUGGAGUGGAAACUAUUACAACUACAAAUGAGAGAAAGAAAUUGGAACGAGAAUGGAUUUUGUAAUAGCCGCACAUAAAGUGCACACAAAGUCAUUUAUUGCAGAUAAGUUAGCAAGAAAUCCGGAGAAAACACAGACUCCACAGACUCAGAAAGCCUUGUAACAAUCCAUCUAUUCAACGGUAAACACCUAUACAACCCUGAACUAACUGAACUAAAGUAUAAACAUCUAAAGAGCAGAAACAGCGAGAGGAAAACGCUACACAACCGUUCGUUGAAAAGAAAAUAUAAUAUAUGUACAGCGAUCAUACAUACAUAUAUGUAUCUAUAGUUGAGAGAGCAAGGAACGCGCAUGCUGCAUGCGUCGGCCACGAAUUAAACUGUUGAUAACUAAACUUUGAUAUUAGUUUGUAAAGAGAAUAUUUUGUAUGUACAUUUAAUUAACUCGAUGUCCUUUGAAUAGUCACCAGAAUAGCCCCAACCAACCAGAACCACACAACACAUAAACGCUGCACCAAAUCGAGUUGUCUAGAAACGCCAGAUUUAAACUCCGCAAGCACAAUCCACAAAAACACAAAUCAACGAAAUUAAAACGUAAUUCGUUUAAGCAAACAAAUCAAUCAAAGCAAGGAAAUUACUGCAUUUUUUAUAUCGAAAUUUCAAAAACAAGAAACCCCAACCCUGUGGCAGGGCAUGUCAGCAUGGACUGACAUGAUCUGACCGUCCAGGACUCAUUGAAGAAUACCUAUUGUAAGUUAUAAGAUUGAAUAAUGAUUCAUGUUUCGCGAGUUUUAGUUAAUUUCAACUCAUUGAACAGACACAUUUCUGUUGAACAUACGGCGGAGAAACUCGUUAAAAGAUGCACUGCACUGAUGUACUGUGUAACCUAAGCCACAACAAAUCGUAAUCGUACGAGUAAUUAAGUAGACACCACAAAUUGUUCUUUAAGUUCUUUUGUACAAUUAUCCUUUUUAUAGAUUAAUAAAUGCUUGCUAGUUUCAGCAAAA